AUUACCAUGGUCUACGCGGAUGCGAGUGUGAUAACAACGUUCUAUAAAGAAGAGAAUGCCAAGAAGAUGGUGGAAGUGAUACGUGUGGAAGGAAUCGUUUCAGAUUGUUAUUUAUACGGCGACAACUGGAUCAUCGAGCAAAUGCUGGACAACGUUCCUAGUAACUUAACUCGAACGGUGUCCGAGGAGGAGUUGAAGAAACGGGUGGAUAAUUGCACUUCGUUGCUCCUGAACAACCUCCAGAAAGGCUUUUAUCACGCGUUGAAGACGCCAUUCGAUGGCAUUCGAAAAUUUUUCCGGAGAUUUUUGAUAUUUCCAGGCACGAAAUGGUGCGGAGCCGGAAACAUCGCGGACGAUUACGAAGAUUUAGGAUCCGCGCGUGAAGCCGAUAAAUGUUGCAGAGUUCACGAUCAUUGCAACGUCAGUAUUUCCGGAUUCGGAGAAGAUUAUCAACUGAAAAAUAAAGAUUUCUACACCAAAAGUCACUGCGAUUGCGACGACACAUUUUUUUCUUGUCUGAGCCGUGCCGAUACUUCGACUUCCAAAACCGUGGGGAAUACAUUCUUCAACAUUUUGCAAAUUGAAUGCUUCAAGGAAGAAUAUCCCAUAGUCAAAUGCUUGAAAACCAGCGGAAUUAGAAGAAGAUGUCUAAAGUACCGGCUAAACAGGAAAAAACCGAAAAAAUAUCAAUUCUUCGAUGCUAAGCCGUUCGAAAAGAAAGAUAAUUGAUGAUAUCUCUACAGAGAAAAUGGAAUUUACAAGAAAAAUAAAAAUUCCAUCGGAUACUUUGAUGGAAUUUUUCCUAUCGAU